CGACGACUUUGUGGUUGUGUUUGUUGUGCCAUAUGUUACCCGAGUCAGCAGCUCUUGAGACGACCGUAGCAGAAGUGAGACAUGUCACUGGCUUGGUUGCGUGUGGGGAACACAUGUUACGCAGCCUCAAGCUAGCAUGCUAACUAAGCUCAAGCUAACAGGUAGCUGCGAAGCAUUGGCUAACGGAAAUGACGUCAUCUAACUAGUCAGGUGAAUGUUUCGUGCUAAUUAAAAUAAUAAUAAUUUAAACUGUUCAUAUUCUUGUCAUUACUGUUGGUUUGGCUUCAAAUGGCUAGUUUUGCAACAAUCCCCACUAUAAUUUUUCUUUUGAGCAAGCAAAGUGCACACCUAUAUAACAGUAAAACGAACGCAGGUAACCAUAGUAACGUCCGUUUCCAAAGUCUGGAAUAAAACGAGUAAACAGCAGUUUGAUGGAGCCUGUAUUUGGCGUUCUAAAAAAAAAAAAAAAAAAAGAGUUCCAGUCGUGGCUGCUGUUAAGUAUUUAAAAUUUUGUUGGCGAUCAUAAACAACUUGAGCUCUGUCAAGGAAUUUGUUGUAAAUGUGUUAUUUGUGCUGACAAAACACAACAAAAUAAAAAUACUGUAUAAAAAUAUAAAUUCUGUUCCAAGGUCAAAUUGUCACCAUUUAUUAAUUCAGUCAUUUUCUAUGCCACUUUAUCCUCAUUAGGGUCGCGGCGGUAUGCUGGAGCCUAUCCCAGCUGACUUCAGGCGAGAGGCGGGGUACACCCUGGACUGGUUGCCAGCCAAUCGCAGGGCACAUAUAGACAAACAACCAUUCACACUCACAUUCAUACCUAUGGACAAUUUAAAGUCACCAAUUAACAUAACAUGCAUGUUUUUUGGGAUGUGGGAGGAAGCCGGACUACCCGAACAAAAAAAAUGGGGUACCUGGUGCCUACGUUGGUGACCCCUGGGCUAUAUGAUAUGAAAGGGUAACCAUAAAAUCACCUUCAUUUAGACAAAAACAUAUUUGACUUUUCGGACUAUCUGCCUUAGACCUCAGACUGCCACGCACACACAAGUGCUACAUUAGCCGCCGCCUGACCGCUGGUCACAUCGCGAGCCUCGAUAACUCACCACACCCUGCCAAGUGCCCGCCCCCCAAAUGCCACACCAAACUAAAGCUUUUUAACACUCCAUCCCGGCGAGGCAUUUUUCGUGGUAUGUUUUGCAGGUGCAAAACGUAUAUCACUCUCACAACGACGGGCUGAGAUAUGCGGCGAGGGGAGCAUGUUCCGAAGGCAUUCGAGGCCCCCGUGGAUGUCCACGCCAGCGCUGAUGGUCAGGUGUACAUGUUCAACAGGAUGGCCAAUGAGACGGCUAUGUCAUCGGAUGAGGAGGAACUCGGUUUAAUGGAAAUGAGACCUCAGGCACGCCAUACGCAGAAACGGGACAGGCAGAGGAACAUCCACUUGCUGGAACUUGAAGUGUCAGAUGGUGACAAUCUCAACAAGUUGGCGUUGCAAUAUGGCUGCAAGGUGGCAGAUAUCAAGAGAGUGAACAACCUCAUACAGGAACAGGAUGUAUUUGCACUGAAAUCUAUAAAAAUCCCCGUUCCCAGGCACAGCUUUUUGACAGAGACGUACACCAACCUAAGUGACGCUCAAGAAGAAACUCCACAUUCACCUUGCAGGCUGCCAUAUAGACACGAGGUCACUAACUUUCUCAUCGAGGUGGACAAUGACAUCGAGAAGCUGAUUCAAACGACGGAUGAUCACGACAUGGAUGUGUUGGAAGACAAACCCAAAAGGCUGGGUCUGAGAGGACGGAGGCUAAAGGGUUAUAGUGCGGACUGGGGAAUCCAGUGGUGGAACGCUGUGAUCGCCAUGCUCCUCAUUGGCAUCAUCUUACCGUUGUUUUAUAUCAUUUACUUUAAAACUAAACCCAGCGGGGGAACCGCGCCACUGGAUGGCAGCAUUUUGUCAUCAAUCAUGUCUAACAGCUCAGGGACGGCCUUUGGUACCAGUGGGCCUGGCCACACUCAAGAACCAGGAUAGAAUGUGCUCAUUAUAUAAAGCCAAAUGUCUAACAUCAAGUGCAAUACCUUUUUGAAUCAUGUAACACAGUGCAUUGCAUCCACGCCAACUGUAUUUGCUUUUCGAGUCAUUGUUACUGGUCCUCGAGUGGUUUUAAGUUUGUCAGUACUUGCAUGUCUUCAAUCUCAUUCGACACAAGAAUGCAUUAUUAACUAAUUGCAAAUAUCAACAAUAGAAAAGCAUCUUGCCAUUUUUUGCAGUAAUGUAUUUCAAAGUAAGGCAUGAGUUUAUUCAGUUUUGGUCUGUGUGCUUUUGGAUUUAAUAUAUAUUUGUUUUUUUUUCUCAGUUCAUAUCUGUCCUCAUGUCAGGUGGACCUGUAAUUACUGCCAAAAGUGUAUAUGGUAGAGCUCCCACUUUGUGUAGGGGACCAUCAGUGAAAGGUGAAAAAGCGUGAGUAAUUGAGACACCCGUAAAAAUGUCUAUUUUUGGCACAUGGCUCCUCCUCUAAACCCUCCUGCUAA